CCAUGAGGCCUUCCGUGACACCGAGCGCCUUCCUGCUGGCCUUCACGCUGCUGGGCACCCUGCUGGGUCUCGGUAAGUGACCAGAGGCGAGGUGGGCAGGGCCUCCGGGCCCACGUGCAGCGGGAAGAUGAAGACUUGCGAGGCCGGCAAGGACGCCUGCGUGGCCAUCGUGGGGGAGUCGAGCACCAAGGGCCACCACUCCGUGAACAGCUACAAGGCCUGCAUGAAGUUCAGCGACUGCUACUCGGGUUUCGUGUCCACCACCAUGGGCCCCAAGGACUACAUGGUGUCCAACACGCACUGCUGCCAGAGUGACGGCUGCAAUCAGGGCUCGGUGCCCCCUCCCCAGAACAACCGUACUGAGAAUGGCCUCCAGUGUCCCGCCUGCAUCGUACCCUUCCAGGAGACGUGCCCAGGGACCCAGGCAGCCCGCUGUGUCGGCCAGGAAACCCACUGCAUCUACUUCGCUGGCAAAGUGCAGGCUGGUAUCAUCAACACCAGGUUUGCCACUCGAGGCUGUGCCACAGAGAGUGCCUGCAAUACCAAGCCUGGCGCUGAGGUGCCCUCAGCCUCCUAUCUCUACUUCCUCCGCAGAGCAGACUGCCUUCCAGCCCCCCAGAUCUCUGGCAGGGGCGAGUGAAGAACUGAGGAAGGGGUGGCUUGAGGUCCCCAUCUGUCCUCAGCCUGCAGCUCCCUGUGUGCCUACAAUUAAACAGAUUAACUGAG